AUGAAUGUUGUUAAUCAACUCCUUUGUGUUCCCAGCGGCCUGACGUCGACCGCUGAGCGGGCCGUGACGCCGGUGUACCUCCGAUGCCGCGAAGGCACCGUCUCUUGGAUGUACCCCCGGGGCGCCUUGAGGUUACUCCUGCGACCGCCUCUGCCCGCAGCGGAGCGGGAUUUCAACGUCUGCCUGAGGGUGAUAAGGCGGCCGGACCCGCCAGAGUUCUUCCACGACCUCCAGUAUAACCAUACAGAAAAAGCCGCGAGGUUCCCCGCGCGCAUCUUCGUGGAGGGGGCGCGCAAGUUGGUGCCUCUGUACGCGCCUGACGACGGGGAUCCCCGGGAGUUGCGAUGCUUCCGCAGCAGGCGGGGCAGGGCGGCACUAUACGUCGAGGCGGACCCAGAGGAAGGACCUAGCCGGAGGGUUGCCACUUUCAAGUACGAGGCGCGCCCUUUGAACACGCGCCACUACGACCCGGCGACGGCGGACUGCAGGCCCUGCUCCGACUCCGAGCUGGAGCUGGCCUUCUGCACCAGCGACCUUGUGUCGCGCGUGAUGAUAGUGGGCAGCGAGGAACGGGAGGAUUUGGAUAGCACACAGCUGACGCUGCGCUUGACGAAGGUGCUCCGCGCGACAGGCGGCGAGCUUAACGCCGACGAGCUCGAACACGACGGCAACUAUUAUGCGUACCAGGUCGACAACGACAUAGCGUCGGAGGCGCGCGAGGAGUCGCGAACGUUGCACGCGCACGUGCACGUGUGGUCCGGCUGCGGGGCGGCGGCGGGCGCGGGCGAGUUCGUGGCGAUGGCGCGCCGCCGCCUCGGCCGGCUGGCGCUGGUGUGCGCGCCCCGGACGCACCAGUGGCGCCGCCUCGCGGAGGCGCGCGCAAACGCACACGACGCGCACUGCACGCUGCGCCAC